AGGUUCCACUGAGUGCGCAGGCAAACUGUAGAGUCUCUGCGAUCCAGGCCAAUACUGGAGCUUGAGGAUUUACCAUGGAUGGAAAUGCUGAACCAAGAGGGGCGAUUGUUGGAAAUGAGAGGCCUUCUGGAGGUUCACCUAGAAAGUCUCCAGCUCCACAACACUCCCCUAUGUCGCCAGAAAACCUCUCUCAGAGACAACCUUUUUCGAAGCUUUCCAAAGCCAAAGCCUACUAUGAAGCAAACGAACAAGCCGCCGACUUAACUCAAGCAAGCUCCAGGAUAGUAGAGUCUAUCUCUAACAAACCCUCGUUGCCAGCCCCUCGAACAUCAGAAAAUAAUUCUUACCGUCUCACAAAUCCGUCUCUUUCGAACUCGACAGUACUUUGUUCGAGCGUCACGACCCAGGCUCCUUCUCCGAGCAACAGCUCCAGUGUCACGCAUACAUCCAGUGCGGUAAUAACCGUACAAAGACCUUACGUAAUUUCCCAAGCUCCUGAAUCUUCUUCCCAAAAGGCGAUGAGAGAAAUCCAACCUUCACCAGCUGCUUUCGAAUCUACCAAGAACUCGCCCAUUCAAAACACGAACCAAGGCUCAUCUUCGAUUGUUAUCGAAAACUCAGGUCCGAGAUCUCCACCUAUACUCCCUUCAGCGGUCACUGUUACUAUCAACUCUUCGGGUCAGCCCUCGACAUCGCCUUCCACCACCGGCGCCAACGUUGGACAGCUCACGUACUCUUUCGUGGCGGGAGGUUCUCCAAGUUCUCAGAACUACAUCAUGGCAGCGCCCUCUGAAUAUGGCACCUAUGUGGUCAUUAAUGCUGAACACAAAGAUUAUCUUGAAGUUGAACCCUGGCACCAAACUCAUCCACCGCGAGUGCAAUCUCCUGAUGACGGAAACAGCGUAUCACCAACAAAUUGCAGUUUGUCGGUGCCAGAAGCCAAGCGUGUCAUCAUCCGAGAAGACGUGAGUUUGUCGGCCCAAGUGCCAAUCAAACAAGAAGACGAACAGGAGGAACAGGAACUGAAAUACGCCUAUUCGAUGGCAAACAGCACCUCAGCAGCCCACAGUGGCGUUGUCCACGUCACUUACCCACAUUCUUCAUCACAUUCGUCGGCGGGAUCAGCAUUACAACUGACGACGAUCACAGCAACGAGUAGCAGCAGCAGCAGCGGAGGGACUGGGGCGUCUGAGGGCCUUGUUCACCAGGGGGCGCUCGUGGCGCCCACUCCCACUGCGGUCAUCGCCGCGCAAGAGGCGACGCUCAAACCGGAGGGCAACCCUCACUCCUGGACUCCAGGCAUCGACUACACGCAGGAGUCUUUGGAGAGAAUAAGCGCACCAUCUGGAGCAACCAGCAGUUACCCACUGCAGGGUCAUCUCAGCUGGAGCUCAUCAGCAGUUAAUUACGAUCAUUACGUCGUUAAAGAUGGAGAAACAUUUAGCUUACUUAAACCAGAUGACCCUGAGUACACAGUGCAACGCGAGUGCUGUAAUUGUGGCGCUAUGGCUACGCCACUGUGGCGCAGGGACUCUGGAGGCCAUUAUUUGUGCAACGCGUGUGGCAUGUACAACAGAACCAACGGCUAUAACCGCCCGCACCAGCGCAUGCAGCGUCGAGCCGGCAGUCCGCAUAACCCGUACAGUCCCGGCAAUGGGUCUAGCAGCAGCGCAGGAGCGCAGGCACAGCGCAGGCAAGGCAUGGUCUGUACCAACUGCCAGACCACGACCACGACGCUCUGGCGCCGCAACUCUCAGGGCGAGCCUGUCUGUAAUGCCUGUGGUCUUUACUACAAACUUCAUAACAUUAACCGGCCCCUGAACAUGAAAAAAGACGGACCAAUCCAGACGCGGAAGCGCAAGCCAAAGGCCAGCAGCGGCAACAGCAACACAAACGCUCACACUUCUGCGGGUUCAGCGCUGAGUUUACCAGCGAGUGCCACGCCCCUGAGAGUCGCAGGACAGUCCUACCGCGAAUCUUACCACGUGCCCACCGUCAUCACUUACCCCGACCAUCAUUCUCUGGAGCAACACUACUCCUCGUACCACCCCGCACACCUGCACCACCACGCCACCACCACAGCCACCACCCAACCACUACCAUCAGCACACGUCUCAUCACACCAGUCGUCCGUGGCACCAACCAGCAUGCAUCAUCUAUCGUCACCGGUUGUGACAGCCGUGGAAGGAGGCUCGUCUCAACUGCCGCUGCUGCCGCCCCCCUACGUGCCCCCCUCCCUCACCGCCCUGCCCCCCCACAUGGCCCACGGGGGGGCGUAUGGGGGGACGGGGGCAUACCCCUACCCUGCCCCCUCCCCCCACCAGCCCCUCGAUGUGGCUAUGGUGCAUCGGGACAUGGAGCACUGACACCACAACCAUGGAGCACUGGCAUCACAACCAUCGAGCACUGACAAUCACAACCAUGGAGCACUGACACCACAACCAUGGAGUACUGACAUCACCACCAUGGAACACUGACAUCACAACCAUGGAGCACUGACAUCACAACCAUGGAGUAUUGACAUCACAACCAUGGAGCACUGACACCACAACCAUGGAGCA